AUGUCCAGCACGACGCUCCUCGCGACCGUGGCGGCUCAUCAGCCGGGCCGAAACGCUGCCCAGCUGGGCGUUACCCUCGGCCACUCCUCAAAGCAGUCAAAUGUAUGCAAUGACAUCAAGUCGGUGGUGGCCGCGGCGAUCCCAGCUGAGCAGGAGCGCCUGCGCAACAUCAAGCGCGCCCACGGGACCAGGAGCCUGGGCGAGGUGACUGUUGAUCAGGCCCUGGGCGGCAUGCGCGCCAUCCCGGGCAUGCUCUGGGAGGUAUCGCUGCUGGACGCUGAGGAAGGGAUCCGCCUCCGCGGCUACACAAUCGCGGAGCUGCAGCGUUUGCUGCCCACCGUGAAUGAGGGCGGUGAGCCCAUGCCCGAGGGCCUGCUGUGGCUGCUCCUCACAGGCCAGAUUCCCACCAAGGCCCAGGCCGAGGCCGUGUCAGAGGAGCUGCGGCGCCGCGCCGCCCUGCCCGAUUACGUCAAGCGCGUGCUCGAGGCGCUGCCAGCGGAUGCGCACCCCAUGACGCAGUUCGCGGCCGGCAUCCUUGCGCUGCAGCCCGAGAGCCAGUUUGCCAAGGCGUACGAGGCCGGGCUGCCAAAGUCGAGGUACUGGGACCCCGUGUUGGAGGACUCCCUCAACCUCAUCGCCAAGCUGCCCGCCAUAGCCGCGACCAUCUACCGCAAGGCGUUCCACGGCGGCGACUACAUCGAGCCCGACGCCUCCCUGGACUGGGCCGCCAACUUGGCGCACAUGAUGGGCUUUGAUGACGAGGGCUGCCGCGAGAUGAUGCGCAUGUACCUGACAAUCCACGCGGACCACGAGGGCGGCAACGUGUCGGCCCACGCGACGCACCUCGUGGGCAGCGCGCUGUCAGACCCCUACCUGUGCCUGGCGGCCGGCGUCGCGGGUCUGGCGGGGCCGCUGCACGGGCUGGCCAACCAGGAGGUGCUGCGGUGGAUGUUUGACGUCCAGAGGACGCUGGGUGCUCAGCCAACCAAGGAGCAGCUGACGCAGUUUGUGUGGGACACCCUCAACGCUGGCAAGGUGGUGCCCGGCUAUGGACACGCGGUGCUGCGCACCACAGACCCCCGCUACACUUGCCAGCGCGAGUUUGCGCUAAAGCACAUGGCGGACUACCCGCUGUUCAAGCUGUGCUCAGACCUGUAUGAGGUGGUGCCGGCUGUGCUCCUCAAGACCGGCAAGGUCAAGAACCCGUGGCCCAACGUGGACUCGCACAGCGGUGUGCUGCUGCAAUUCUACGGCAUCAAGGAGGAAUCGUUCUACACAGUGCUGUUUGGGGUCAGCCGUGCACUGGGCGUGCUGGCGCAGGGCGUGUGGUCGCGCGCGCUGGGGUUCCCGCUGGAGCGCCCCAAAUCACUCACCAUGGAGCUCAUCGAGAAGAAGUUUGCCCACACCCACGAUUAG